GCGGAAUCAAAUGGGGAAGCCAUUCUUUCUGUUAUAAUAGCAUUUGGAAGAGGUAAAAGAGAGGGCCGGCUCGCUACCUCUAUAAUGAGGGCAACGCCAUAGCUCCCCUCCCUUUUCUUCUACCUUUUCCCGUAUUAUCUACAAGGUAUUACCUGUAUCCAUUCAUUCUUACGCACAGUAGUUGCGUAUAUUAUAUAAAUAUAUCUAUAUAUCCAAAGCUUCAUUCCUAGACACAAGAGAAAAUGGCGUCGCCUAGGACCCCUAGGACGGGGGGGCUGAGCAACAGCAGCUACGAUCUGUCGUUUAAGAUCUUGUUGAUCGGCGAUUCCGGAGUGGGGAAGAGCAGCCUCCUCGUCAGUUUUAUCUCCAAUGUCGUUGAAGAACUUUGCCCUACCAUUGGUAUUGACUUUAAGAUCAAAACAUUCACUGUAGGUGGGAAAAAACUGAAGCUUACCAUUUGGGACACAGCGGGACAAGAAAGGUUUAGGACGUUGACGAGCUCUUACUAUAGAGGUGCUCAGGGGAUCAUUCUCGUUUAUGAUGUGACAAAGAGAGAAACCUUCACAAACCUGUAUGAUGUGUGGGCAAAAGAGGUGGAGCUUUACUCAACAAAUAAGAAUUGUGUCAAAAUUCUUGUUGGGAACAAAGUUGACAUAGAAUCUGAAAGAGCUGUGAGCAGAGAAGAAGGUUUAACUCUUGCAAAAGAGCUGGGAAGUUUAUUUGUUGAAUGCAGCGCAAUAACUCGAGAAAAUGUGGAGCAGUGCUUCGAAGAACUCGCCUUAAAGAUAAUGGAGGUUCCGAGUCUAUUGCAAGAAGGAUCUGGAAUAGGGAAGAGAAACGUGUUAAAGAGGAAACAAUUAUCCCAUAAACGACCCUUCGGCUGUUGCUCAACAGCAUAGGAUGGAUUAGAUUCAGCAAGUUAAAAGGGGAGUGCGUGCAAUGGAUGAUAUGAUGGGGCUGGCCGAUGAGUUUAUCAGAUACAUAUGCACAUGAUAUGAUCGAAUAUGAUUUUGUCUUCCUGGCCGGCCUGUUGUUUGUGCUUCACACUUUAAUUUGUCUCUGGGAAUGCUGCAGACUGCAGUAUAAUGGCUUCGAUCUGUUACUUGCAUUCAUGCCUGUGUGUAAAAAUAUUGGCCGCUUUGGGUUUUCAUCUUUUUUCAACCACUGUACUGGGCAUUUACAUUUACAUACAUGUUUCCUGUGAUGUAAACAUCAACCUUAAUUGUACUCUUACGGAAAAAUUAUAUGAAAAGAGUUGAUUGCAAUUCGC